AUGGAUAUUACGGAUGUGAACUUCUUCACUCAUGUGAAUGAUCUCCGGAGUGGGGGGGUCCUAGACAUAUAUUCCAAGAGAUGGUUUGAAUGCCACAAGAACCUGGUCUCCAUAAACCUCUACCUCCACCGCAACAGUGAAAUGAUGGACACCAUCGGGGACGAACGUAUCGACGCCCUCAUGAGGAAGUUUGAAACACUGGUUAGAGAACUAAUCACCACCUACUUCGUUCGAUUUAUCCACACGGAAGAACUAACAAAGUGUACUAAAGACAAAAUAUUGGAACAGGAAAUUGGUGGAAGCGAAUUGCAGACUAUCAAUGGAGAUGGAAAAAACGGGGGUGAUACAACUACGGAGAAUCGCAUCUCCAGUUACAUAUCGCUAUACCACGAAGUGACAUUACUGAACAUCGUCGAGAGGAUCCUAUGCGCAGAUCACGCAUACGACAAAAUAAACAACCACAUGAUAAAUCUCUUUGCCUACAUUUAUUCCAAUUUGGUGGCCUUCCUCAAGAGCAAUUCGGAGGAGUACUUCUCCAAACCCAUAAGCGAGAUGUCCAUAAGCGAGAUGCUCAUAGAAGAAAACGACAAGUCGCAAAACAUAGACAGACUGAAAAUAUACAUGUGCGUUAUCAACGCCCUGCGGAACAUAACGGAUAGGAUUCAUCUGCUAAACAACACAAUCAUCAAUAAGAUAGUGGACUACGAUGUUUUGCUAAUUCUAAUUCCUCUCUUGGAGAAGAGACCGUGGGAGCAUGGAAACUAUGUGUUUGAAGGAAAUGAGUGGGUAAAACGGGAAGGCAACACCUUAUGUACGAUUGAGAAACAGCUGUGGUUGAUACUGUACACCCUGAUAUUGACUAGGAACUGUCAAGAAAAGUACGAAAUGACCAACUAUAGGAGAAACAACAUUUUGAAGCUCCGGAAAUACAUGAAUGAGCCCCUGCACGAGCAACUUCCACCCAUGAAGACACUGCACACGUUCAUCGAGCACCUGUACAUUUCCAAGAGCAUCUUCCCAGAAAACAAGAACUCCUACCUGAUCAUCGACGUGGUGCCGGAAAUCUUUGAAGAAAUCAAGGAGGAUGUGUUGAAGAACAAAAAGAAAUUGGCGUCCCUCCUAAGCACCGUCACCAUCGACAGGGCCCUUCUGGGGGGCAUUUCUGACAUGUACCUGUCCGUGUAUGAAUUUGACCAACAGGGCGGGAAGGGCGCAAAGAACGACACCGGCGGCGGUCCUCACUCCAGGGAUCAAAAAGGCACAGAUUACAAACGCGGCGAAGCAGUAACGGAGGAGUCUUUCCUCUGCGAUAGCUGCAAGGAGAUUGCCGAACUACAAUGUUCACAAUGCAAACGGGCGUACUACUGCUCCAAGGAGUGCCAGAUGAAGGACUGGUUUCACCACAGACAGGUGUGCUCAUACGUAACAUAA